AUGGGGAAGGCUGUGAUUGAAUUGAGGGUAAUUGCUCCAAACAUCUUUGAUAACGGAGGAAACAUUAUUGGAAUAGAUUCCUGUGAUUCAUCUUUUAAUCCUUCUACUGAUGAUAAUAUAGACUAUCGUCUAAAUUAUUGUCCAGAUAUGACAUAUAAAACAACCAUUGAAGAUCCCAUGGAUGGUGAUAUUGUAGAAUGGUCAGGAACACCAGUCUCAGAUACUAUUUAUGCUGUUGAAUUUACCACCACUACAAACACAGAACCAGAUUUUGUGAUGAGUGAGCUCAAUGUUAGAGUCGAGGAUCACACGGCUAUAGAUAUGUUUGUUAUGAACUUCUACUUCAAUGACUCGGACUACAGUGAUAGAUUCCUGGAUAUUCAGCCAGAGUAUGAUUCUGAUGACUAUUUUUAUCUUGAUACACAAACAGAUUCUAUCCAUGUUAAAGCUACACUGCCUCAUACUGUGGGUACACAUGAGGUGGAACAUACAUUUGUUGUUUGGGCUGAGGAUUCCUGCUACAACAGGGUAACAGGAACCGUUACUAUAACAACAUUUAACGUGCCCCCAGAUUUCCCAAACAUGCCAGAGAGUUUAUAUAUAGAUGAUAUCCAAACAGGAGGAUUAUAUACUUUUGAAUAUAUAGAUUAUUCCAAUGGUGGUGAUCCUAUAAGUUGUGAUAUAUCUAGUACAGAGCCAGCAACUUCAAAUAUGUUUUAUCUCGAUGGAGAAACCAUUACUCUACAUAAUUCUGCCUCUUUGAAUAAAGCUGUCAGUGAUGAAUAUCUGAUUCAUCUGUCUUGCUUUGAUGGAACAGACUACGGAAUAAGUAAUGUCACAUUUAUGAUUAAAAGAAAUAUUACAGAGGACGGACUUCCAGAGGUGUACUACUAUACAAACACUACAGAAUGGCUGGAACUCUCAUUGUCUUGUGUAGAGGAAAAUGAAGCCUAUGAGACAUACCCAGGAUACAGUCCACCUACAGAUCCAUACAUUGUUAUCGAUUCUUUACAUUAUAUGUUUUAUAACCAUGAAUGUAACCAUAGUGAUGCUCAUGGGGUCCAAGAUAAAUGUAACAAUAGGACACAGUGUACAUUCAAUGUAACAAAUUCAAACAUCCAAAGUUCCUGUGGUACCGGGGACAGUGGUAUUGCUGGUUUAUAUACCAUCCAUCACUGUAUUAAGGAUGGCGGCUGGACUACCUGGGGUGAAUGGGGUGAAUGUGAUAGGACGUGCAGUGGAGGGUGGAGACGUAGAGAAAGGAACUUCACAAAUCCAACUCCAAAUUAUCACAGUAAAAGAGAAGUGUAUGAAGAUGACAUCCAUUACGACAUGCAGAGAUGUAACUUACAAGACUGUCCAUAUUCUGGUGAUACAUGUAGAUUAUUCAACUUUGAACCUGUAUGUAACAGUUACGAUACCAAGGGAUAUGUGACAAUAUUACAUGCUAACUAUACAUAUGGUUGUGCCUGGAACUAUGAUACUAAGGACGUGUGGCAUGAUGUUACAUCAAUCUUUCAAGGUUACUGUAAUGACCACUACGAUUGUGUUGAGAUGGUCAGUGAUGAUAACAUUGUACCCUGUAGCACAGAUUAUGCCCAUGAAUCUUAUCAUAACUUUACCGAUACCUACAUGUGCGGUGAGACAGGAUGGACAGAAUGUGAACGUACUAAUACCUCAGUGAUGAACCAUCGAUUCCUGUCAUACUGUGGCAUUGUUUAUUGGGAGUACAACUGUACAAUACCACAGUGGGCAUACUGGUCUGAAUGGACAGGUUGUUCUGUUUCUUGUGGGAGAGGACAACAGACUCGACAAAGGUUGUGUGAUAAUGAAUUUGACACCAAAGAUGGCUAUCGACAAAGAUGUAACCAGCCAGGUUCAGAAUUACACAAUAGUGAGACAAGAGACUGUCCUUUGAAGGGUGUACAUGAUUUCUGUCCUUAUUGUGGUGUUGGUACAACAUAUAAUACCUACUCCACUCUAAGUAAUAGCUAUGGUUCUUACCAAACAGAAACAUUAGAAGGAAAUGCUUAUCUCCUAUUGAGUGAUAUUGAUGAGAUAUCAUGCUGUGGGAAGAUAAGUCAGUGGAAAAUAAUGGCCAAGAACACAGGAUGGAUCAAGUUUAUUGUUUGGAGGAAAACUAGACAUCCAGGAGAAAAUCAUCUAUAUGAAGUGGUUGGUUCUGUAAAAGAAUAUGUGCCAAGUGUUGGUUACAAGGUAUUUAACCAACCACUGUCUUCACAGAUAACUUUAAUUCCUGGAGAUUUUAUAGGAGUGUAUGAUUAUGGAAAUAAUAUCAUUGGCUAUGAUAAUUGUGAUUCUAAUUACGAUCCGUCAACUGACGACCAUAUUGACUGGAGAAAGAAUUUAUGUCCUACAGACACUUUUAAAAUGACUACUACUGAACCGGUGGAUGGAAAUCUUGUUGAAUGGAAUACCACAGAAUUAACACCAAUCAAGGACAAAGUAUAUGCAAUUCGGUUCGUCACAACAACAAACAAAAACCCAACCUAUACUAUGCCUAUAUACAGUGUAUCAAUACCAGAUUACACAGCAAUUGAUGAGCAUGUUAUUGACCUGUAUUUCACUGAUAAUGAUUAUGCUGACUUCUGGCAAAAUGCUAAAGGCAUGCUUGACAACCAUGAUUACUUCUAUUAUGACUCAACUAAAGAGAGCAUUCAUGUUAAGACCAAGUUGUUUCAUGAAGUUGGACAAAAAUAUCACUACUACAAAUACACAGUGUGGGCUGAAGAUUCGUGUUAUAACAAAGUCACAGGAACAGUUACCAUAACAACAUACAAUUUGCCUCCAGUAUUUAAUGACUUGCCAGGAGCAGUUAACAUUUCAGAAUUACAAUGGGGAGGACAGGUAUAUACUUUUAACCUCACAGAUCCAGAUGAGGAUGUUAUUACUUGGGAAAUGACUGUUAGUCCAUCUUCCACUUUCUUUUACAUGGAAAAUAUGACAAUCUAUUUGUAUGGCUGGGCUGACCUGGACUAUGAUACUGUUAGUCAGUAUGUGAUCACAAUAACAGCUAAUGAUGGGACAGAACUCACAAUAUCUACACUAACCGUAGAUUUAAUCGAACAUAUUGUUCUUUAUCCAACUUACUAUGAAUAUACAUCUCGAGAAGGCCAGGAAGCCUCUAUAUCGUGUAUGGUUGAACAUGAAGAAUCGUAUACCUACCCGGACUAUAUAGAACCUCUAAAGGUCUACAUCAUUAUCGACAAUGUUACCUAUAACUACGAACCUCAUUAUGGGUGCCUACAUAACUUGACCUAUGGGGUCAAGGACAUGUGUGAUAACAAAACUGACUGCUCCUUCGAUGUGACAAAUGCCAAUGUUGCUAGUCAGUGUGGUACUGAAGGAGAGGCCAAUUUAUGGAUACGGUAUCAUUGUGUUAGAGAUGCAGGUUGGACAACGUGGAACAACUGGCAUGAUUGUACUCGUACUUGUGGUGGAGGUUAUAGGGUUAGACACAGGAACUGUAGCAACCCCACAUGGAAUUAUUUUGGUAGUCCUAAAGAUUGUGAGGACAGUAUACCAGAAGAAUGGGAAAGGUGUAACACACAUACCUGUGAAUAUGCUGGUAGAACAUGUAGAAAUGAUUACUUCUCUCCAGAAUGUCAUAUUUACCACACUAAUGGUUCACUGGAUAUACUUCUAAGUAACUGGACACAUGGAUGUGCAUGGGAUUAUAACACCGAUGACUAUUGGUUCUAUAAACCAGAAGAUACCUGGCACAAUGGGAUAACUCAUACAGAUUCAUUGUGUCAUAACCAUUAUGAUUGUGAUGUGUUGAUUAACGACAGUUUAACAUGGUGUAGAGACUAUGAUGUGGAGUUUACAUACAAAGAAUACUAUCGCUGUGGUUGGGGCUGGGAGGAUGAAGCCUGCUCAAGGACUAAAGUCAGCUACUACACCAAUAGAUACAUAUCGUUCUGUGGAACUAUGUACUGGGAGUAUGGAUGUAUAAUCCCGCAAUGGUCACAAUGGUCCCACUGGUCUGAUUGUUCUAUCACAUGUGACAGAGGAUAUCAAACAAGGACUCGGUAUUGUGAGUCUGAUACAGAAUCUAAUACUGUAGACGGAUAUAACAACACAUGUGGACAGAAGAGUGAUGAACCUCAUACACUAGAGACAAGAGACUGUCUUCUUAAAGGAAACCAUAGAUACUGUACUUAUUGUGAGGCCAGGAAUUUUAGUUAUGUAGACAUCGGAAAUUUAACAUUAGGACCAGUCAAUGACACUCAAGAAGAAAAUGCCUAUAUUAUGGAGAGUGAGGUUGACAUUGUACGAUGUUGUGGACUAAUAGCAUCAUGGACGUUUUAUCCAGUGAAUGUUGGAACUCUUAAAUUUAUUGUGUGGAGAUCGAUUGGUGUUCCUGGAUACAGAGAAGUUGUGGGAACCAAUUCUGUUAAUAUCUCAGAUACUGACCUCAACAAGAUAAACACCUUCAUUCCACCAGACGAACAAAGAAUCACUAUUGUCGCCAGAGAUUUUAUUGGAUGGUUUGAUGGUGGAGCUCAGAUUUUAUCUUAUGAUUGGUGCAAUGCUUCAUACAAUGCUUCUUAUCCUGAACACAGAGAUCUCAGAGAAAACCUGUGUCCUACAGAUACUUAUAAAAUUGUUACAGAGGAUCCCCAAGAUGGCGAUGUGGUCAACUGGAAUGGGACCAAAGAGAUUUUGUAUGAACAAGUGUUUGCUAUUCAGUAUACCACUGUUGAAAAUACACUACCCUACUUUAAUUUGUCACGUUAUGAAAAGACAAUACCAGACCAUUCACCAAUAGAUUUCAGUCUGAUAGAUUUUUUCUUCAAUGACACAGAUUAUGCUGAUUGGUUUGUUGAUUACCAACCAGAAUAUGAUAAUGAUCAGUACUUCUACUUUGAUACUUGGUCUAAAUCUGUUCAUGUGAAAGAUGAUCUUCUGCAUAUAGUUGGAGAGAGAAACCAGUAUCACUUGUAUGUUAUAUGGGCUGAGGAUUCCUGUUACAACAGAGUUACUGGAACUGUUACCAUAACAACAUUUAAUGGGCCUCCUACCUUCCCAGAUUUCAACAAGAAGAUAUACAUUGAGGAAACAGCUACUGGAGCUUUAUAUACCUUUACUGUUGAUGAUCCAUCUAAAGGGCCAGACCCAAUCACAUGUAACAUGACAAAAACAAAUCCAGAAACAGAAAAUGUCUUUUUUCUAGAAGGCCAGACAAUUCAUCUGAGUAGCUCUGCAACCUUGAACGCAGAUACCUUCCCGGAAUAUGAGAUUUAUGUUUCCUGUUCUGAUGGUACAGAUACAACCUUGGGUUUCCUGAGAGUAGAGAUUUCUAAAGAUAGUACAGACAAUGAAUUGCCAGAGGAAUGGGUUGCAGUUGAAUCCUAUGUGUUAGGGAGUGUAACCAUUGCCUCCGUCACAAUUUCAACAUUUACGAUAUUCAACAUCAUUAUGAACGGUAUGCCUGCCUUCUAUUAAAGAAGUUAUACAGCAUAUAUAUUCAAAGUAUAAUAGGAGAACUGUUAUUGUUAAAAACAGAUAUAUGUCUGAUGUAUCCAGUUGUAUUAUUUAAUCAAUUAUUUAAUCUUUCAUUUCCAAUGAAGAGAUAUUUAAUCCAGAGUGAAAUGCGAUAGUAAAUUGUGAAUAUAUCCUCUGUUACUUUUUUUCUAAUAAAUCAUCUUCAUUCUAUACAUUUAUUGCCAAAGGGUAGCUUCUGGAAUCUAACCUACUUUACACAUUUCACAAUCGAGAGCUUACUUUGGAAGUAUAUUUAUAUUCGGUUAUAGCUAUAUUAGCAGGGUUGAUUUUUUUUAGGUAUAAUAAACCUCAAUUUACUCAAUUUUCUAUGUAAUAUAUAUACUAGUAGUAACAUGGAUAUCGU